AUGUUGAGACAACUUGCCAGACCUAUGCUUACAUCGGCCAGAUUGGCCAGACCAGCGUUUGCCGCUGCUAGACCAGCGUUGAGAAUGCCCGCUAUGGUUCCAGUGGCCUCAAAGAGAAUGUAUCAUGAAAAAGUGCUUGAUCACUAUGCCAACCCCAGAAACGUUGGUGUGUUGAAUAAAAACGAUGCUGACGUGGGAACCGGGUUGGUGGGUGCGCCAGCUUGCGGUGAUGUCAUGAGAUUGCAAAUAAAGGUGGAUGAAGACACUGGCGUGAUCAAGGAUGUUAAGUUUAAGACUUUCGGCUGUGGCUCUGCUAUCGCCUCUUCUUCGUAUGUCACUGAGCUUGUCAAGGGCAAGACCAUCGAGGAGGCAAUGCGCAUCAAGAACACGGCUAUUGCCAAGGAAUUGUCGUUGCCACCAGUGAAGUUGCAUUGCUCCAUGUUGGCUGAGGACGCCAUCAAGUCUGCUGUCAAGGACUACAGAUCCAAGAGAGCCAGUGCCGUUAAGGAACCCACUUUGGGCCCUGCCACUGCCUAA